AUGGCCGCGCCCGCCGCAGACACCGGGCCCCAGGCGAGCUUCUGGGCCAGCACCAGCUGGUUCACAGGUUGCACAGCGGGUCCCUCGAUCGAGCCCUGCCGCGACCUGUCCACCGGCGACCACCCGGUCCCGGAGCCCACCGCUGCCCCCGGGCCUGACCCCGAACACGACGCAUGGCUGGAGCAAGCCGUGCCCAAGGUCGGCGGCGCCGCGGCCCAGUCGCGCUUCGGCGGCACCUGCCACAUCCCGAUCUUCCACAAGGCGCCCGACGGCGGCGCGCCCGUCGCGUCCGAGUCGCGCAAGCGCGCGCACCGGGUCGAAGAGAUCCCGCGCGGCGCCGCCAGCGCCCCGCAGCGCACCCAGGCGCCGCCGCGGGCCGGCGUGAACGCCAUGACCGGGUCCGCGCUGCCGGCGCCGAUGCCCGGCGUGCCCCGGCGGUGCGCGGAGGGCGCGGCGCCGGUCGCGGUGCGUCCCGGGAACGAGGCACGCUGGGAAUUCGAUUUUGCGGCGUGGGCGUGGGUCCGCGUCGAGCGCGGCGCCGAGGCGGACACCGCGCGCGCGGAGCUCGCGGCGCGCAAGUGGGGCGCGACCGAGUGCCGCGACGCGCUCCGCGCGUCCGUACGCGCCGCGGCGCCUGCUGCAGGACGUGCGGCGAGCCCCGACGCGGCGCGCGCGCCGCCGCGGAAGGUCCGGAAGGUGCCCAGCGAGCACGAGGUGUGGGGCAGCGGCGACGCGCAGUCUCCGAGGGUCGCGGGGCGCUCCGAACAGAAGCGCGAGCUCCGCGAGGCUGUGUUUCUGCCGCUGUUGCGCCCCGGCCUCGUCCGCGCGCUCGGCGUGGCGCCGCCGACGGGCGUGCUGCUCCACGGCCUGCCGGGCGCCGGGAAGACCGAGCUCGCGCGCGCCGCGGCCCACCAGGCGGGGGUGUUCCUGAAGGAGGUGCCGUGCGCGGAGAUCGCCUCCCGCGGCGAGAAGGGGCUCGAGGCGCUGCACCGCGCGUUCCACGUCGCGGCCGCGAACGCCCCGUCGGUGCUCCUCCUCGACGACGUCGACGCGCUCGCUCCGUCUGACAAGGCGUCCCUGAGUCAGUCGCCCGACGCGGCGUCCCUCGCCACCGAGCUCUCCGUGCUGCUCUCGCGGCUGCGCAGCGGCGCGUUCGACGGCACGGCCGGCGCGGCCCGCGACGUCGCGCCGCGCGUCGCCGUCCUCGCGACCGCCACCGCGCCCGCCCGCGUCGCGGCCUCGCUGCGCCGCGCGGGACGGUUCGAUCGCGAAAUCGGGCUCGGGCAGCUGCCGCGCGGGGACCGCCGCGCCGUGCUCGACGCCAUUCUCGCCCGCGCGCCGCUCGCGCCGUGCGUCGACCUCGACGCCGUCGCUGGGCUGACUCAGGGCUACCUUCCGUCGGACCUGGAGGGGUUGUGCGGGGAGGCGGCGCUGCGCGCGGUGUCCAAGGCGGCCGACGCGUACGAGGCCGCGGUCGACGCGGACGGGCCGCCGCCGCACGUGCGCCUGACCGCCGAGCACUUCGCUGCGGCGCUCCGCGUGGUGCGGGGCCCGGCGGCGCUGCGGGGUUGGGCGGUCGCGGAGCGGCCGGACGUGGACUGGGACGACAUCGGCGGCCUCGAGGCCGUAAAGGCGGAGCUGUGCGAGAUGGUCGAGCUCCCGCUGCGGCAUCCGGAGAAGCUGGACCGCUACGGGGUGCGUGCGAGCCGCGGAGCGCUGUUGCACGGGCCGCCCGGUUGCGGCAAGACGAUGCUCGCGAAGGCCGUCGCCGCGCAGUGCGGCGCGUCGUUCAUCAGCAUCCGCGGCCCGGAGCUCCUCGAUCCGUUCCUGGGGGAGUCGGAGCGGGGCGUGCGCGAGCUGUUUGCCGCCGCGCGCAACUCAGCGCCCUGCGUGGUCUUCUUCGACGAGGUCGACGCGAUCGGCGGCGCGCGGGGCGCGCAGGACUCGACCGUCAGCGACGGCAUCGCGGCGCGCGUGCUCAACCAGAUCCUCGUCGAGCUCGACGGCGUGGGCGACCGGAACGGCGUGUUUGUUCUUGCGGCCACGAAUCGCCCCGACGCGCUCGACCCGGCGCUCGUGCGCCCCGGCCGGUUCGACUCGGUGGUCGAGAUCCCGCUGCCGGACGCGGCGGGGCGGCUUGCGGUGCUCCGUGCGGCGUCGCGGAGGAUGCCGCUCGCCACCGACGUCGACCUGCAGGCGCUCGCCGACGCGACGGACGGGGCGUCGGGCGCGACGAUGGCCGAGGUGUGUCGCCGCGCAGGCAUGGCGGCGCUGCGCGACUUCAUGCGGGCCGGCACGGGCGACGUCGUCGCCGCGCAGCACUUUCAGUCUGCCAUGGAGUCUUUCACUCCCCCCCCCGCCGACGCCCCCGCGGCCGACCCCGCGGCGCGGACGCCGUGCGGCUCCUGCGGGUGCACCUGCGCCUCGGAGCGCGACGCGCCGCCGCUCGACCCGUCCAGCGAGCCCCAGCUGGCUGCCGCUGAGAGGCAGCUCGGCUCGGGCGGCGCGGCUCUGAUGCGCAAGCUGGUCCAGCAGGCCGUCGUCCGCACGACCGCCGCGGCCGAGCAGGGCGAGGCGGCGCAGCUCCGCCGCCAGGUCAGGGCGCAGGAGGCCUACGUGAGUCAUCUGCAGGAGCUGUUGAAGCAGGCGGGCGUGGCGGUGCCGGACCCGGUGCAGGUCGGUGACCGCUGA